GCCACCCGCCACCGCGCCCCCUCCGCCUGCGCCGUCGCCGGGACAAGCCAAAGGACUUGUUUUCGGAUAGGAUAUGUCGUGCUUUGGAUGCUGUGGUGAUGAAGACACUCAAAGAGCACCAGACAACAGGAAUCAACACGCAGGAAGCUACCCAGCAAGGACUGAUGCAUAUCGCACUGCCGAUCCAACUCCCAAAGGUUCUCAACCGGUGAAAGUGCAACCAAUUGCAGUCCCCACCAUUCCGAUGGAUGAAAUUAGGGAGGUGACGAAGGGUUUCGGUGAUGAAGCUUUGAUUGGUGAGGGAUCCUUUGGCAGAGUAUAUUUUGGUGUCCUAAGAAAUGGUAGAAGUGCAGCAGUGAAAAAGUUGGAUUCUAGUAAGCAGCCAGACCAAGAAUUGUUGGCACAGGUGUCUAUGGUGUCAAGGCUAAAGCAUGAAAAUGUUGUCGAGUUGCUUGGUUACUGUCUUGAUGGGGCCACCCGUGUCCUUGCUUAUGAAUUUGCCACUAUGGGUUCUCUUCAUGAUAUGCUUCAUGGAAGGAAAGGUGUUAAAGGGGCUCAACCCGGUCCGGUCCUAUCAUGGAUACAGCGGGUGAAGAUAGCUGUUGGUGCAGCGAAAGGCCUAGAGUAUCUUCAUGAGAAAGCACAGCCUCAUAUCAUACACAGAGACAUCAAAUCAAGCAAUGUUCUUCUUUUUGAUGAUGAUGUAGCUAAAAUAGCUGACUUUGAUUUGUCAAACCAAGCUCCUGACAUGGCAGCCCGACUUCACUCAACUAGGGUUCUCGGAACAUUUGGAUACCAUGCACCUGAGUAUGCAAUGACUGGACAACUUAGUUCUAAGAGCGAUGUGUACAGUUUCGGAGUUGUUCUUCUGGAGCUGUUGACUGGAAGGAAACCUGUUGACCAUACAUUACCAAGGGGGCAGCAGAGCCUUGUCACAUGGGCCACCCCAAGGCUGAGUGAAGAUAAGGUUAGGCAAUGUGUUGACUCAAGGCUUGGAGGGGACUAUCCUCCUAAAGCUGUCGCAAAGUUUGCAGCUGUUGCUGCAUUAUGCGUCCAAUAUGAGGCUGAUUUUCGGCCUAAUAUGAGCAUCGUCGUCAAGGCGCUACAGCCCCUGCUGAACGCUCGAGCAGCCCACCCAGGAGAACAACAUGCUGGUCGUUAAUCUCCACUCCAACAACAUUUUGUAUUAUAUAGGGAAAAGGAGCAUGUGGCAGGCAGUUUGUACGUUUGUGAAUGUGAUUAUUCUUCUCGAGUUGUAACCCUCAAAAUUCUAGUACCGAAAAUAUUGAAUUCUUUCUAUCUGUUGCAAGAUUGGCUAUUGGUGACUUGACUAACUUGCGCAUGUCUACAUGGAACAUUUUAUUAGUCAGUAAAAAAGAGGAAAGGAAUGUACCCUGCAGCUUAAGAUGCA